UUUCUCACAAUUUUUCAAAGGAAUAUUUCCGUGUAAUAAAUUUAAAGCACACUCGCAAAUGCAGCGAAUUAAAUCUUUAUUAGCGUGUUGUAUUAUUACCCGGCGUAGCCUGGGUGGUGCGUAGAUGAGAGCGUGUAAUAAGGCUGUAUUCUUUUCUCCAAGCGACUUGCGAACAGAGCCGCUUUCAGAACGACUUCUCGUUGCCAUCACACAUGAACGACUGGUACACUCCGUGAUGCCCCUCCUCCUUUUAUAUUGCGAUCCUUCCGCGGAAUAUAAACAUAAUGAUGGGGAUCACUGGGGAAUACAUUGGUACGAAACCUACAGUUUUCAGGAGUCGAUUGUUUCAAAUCUAGCAACAAAUAGCCAUGAGCUGCCGAAGUUGCAUCAAAAUAGGCUUCUUGCAGAAAUUUUGGAUCUUCUGGGUAUAUUUGACGAGCCAAAUGGGCAAUUUGUGCACGAUCUCUGGGAUUUUUAAAUACGACGAUGUAAUUUGUAUUCAAUGAAAUGUCUCUCUGUCCUUUGCCUUGGUGGAAUAAAUUUUGAGAUAGAAACAUUACACUGAGAUUUUUAUGAUGGCUUCCUUUUGUAAAUAAAUCAACUAUUGCACCAUUCGAAGAUUCCCGCAUCAAAUCGUCCACGACAACCAAUUUUGGCUUAUUAUCAUCAAAAUCUCCAGAUCUUGGUAGGCCUUCACGAAAUUCGACAAAAUUAUUAUCAUAAUCCGAAUAUCCAUUCUGCCACUCAGCGUAAUAAAAGAUCACUUUUUCAAUUUGUGUAUCGCACAUUUGCUUAAUUUCCUUCAAAAACCUUUUAACAAAAAAUGUUUUUCCACAACCCGUGGGACCACAAAUCAUUGCAGUAAAGGGAUGUUUCCACCUCGUGUCCAUAUUGCCUUCUGAUUAAUCAUGCCUAAAAUCUCAUCAUUUUAUACAAUUUUACGAUAUCCGAAAAUAUGGAUUUGAAAAUGCUAGAGAGGGGCGUGACGUAAUGCACCUGUAUUGGGGUCAAGUGGGCUUGCCUAUGACUAGGACAAGGACAAUGCGCGUAGGCGGGGGCAGGUAAAAAAGGCGAAGAAGUGCAGUAGCCCCCCUGUGGCGCCAACAGUAAAACCCCUGACUUUUCCCAAUAUAGCCCGAAUUUUCUCGCACUAACUGCAGUCGUCCAAGGGACAUUCACAAUGUCGGACCCAAACGAUUUAGCGGGGCCCAGUGACCCGUCCGAAGAAAAUACUACACCUCCACAGGGAGAUUUUGAUUGGAUAAAUAAUUUUGAUCUUGAGUUAUUCGGUGAUUUUGCCAUUGAAAAUAAUUUUGAUGGAGAUUUAUUCGAAAAUUUUAAUUCUGCGCUCUUUGAUAUUCAAUGUGGUGGUGGUGAAAAUGUUGUGAGUGACCCUAAGGCUUUGGAAGCUGUUGAAGAGUUUAAUCUAGAUUUACUAGAUCAGCAGAAUGAUCAACAAAAUGGCCGCGAAGAAGAGAUUGAAAAUCGAUUGCCGGCCUUAAGGACAAUACGACGAUCACGCCAGAGACUUCCACGUUUCAAACUCGACACACAUGUGAUGGAGUUUGCAAUCAACCCUUUACCUGAAAGUCGUGACCCUGCCGACUGGGUUGAAGAAGCUUUUCGUGAUGUCUAUAAUAAAAUUAUUGAGGCUGGAGGACGUGGUAUGAAUCGAAUGUGCCUUACAUUCAAUUUUGCAAAUAUGCAAAGAGACAAUGCCUGGAUAAGUCCACGUGCGAUCAAAGGAUAUGAGUUUCAAGAUCUAUGGAAUCUUGUUAGUUCUAUCGCGCAGAGCGCAAACGGUUUCGGAUGUGCCGAUAAGUUUUGGAUCAAACUUCACGUGGCUGAAGCCCCGGUAGGUCAAGGUUUCCUUGAAAACGGCAUGAAAAGAGGGUUUAGUAGAAAAUGUAUCCUUCAGAUUUCGAAUGAAGAUGGCUUGUGUCUAGCCCGAUCACUUGUUGUGGCCAAAGCACAUGCAGAAAAAUUAAAAACCAGAGCUGAUAAGGGCAAGAUCCACGAGGUAUGGCAGGCAAUCCGGCAAUGCAAGGGAAAAAUGCAACGUAAGGAGGCCGAAAGACUAACUCGAAGGGCAGGAGUCAUUGCUCCUGACGAAGGCUGUGGUCUACAGGAAGUUGCUCAAUAUCAGCGAUACUUGGCUGAAGAAGGAUGCCUUAUCAAGGUCUAUUCCCUCAUGAGAAACGGAAAAGAUCACCCUGUGCUCUACGAUGGUACACCUGAAUUGAUUAGCAGAAAGAUGACCGUCCGAUAUACCUUACCGAUUGUGUAUUAUCCUGAAGAGAACCACUAUGAGCCAAUCCAAAAUUUACCUUCAUUCUUUGGCGUGAAGUAUUAUUGCGAGCAUUGUAACAAACCUUACACUACGCAAGGACAUGUUUGUGAUAGGACUUGUGAUAGGUGUUUGAAGAAUCCUCCGUGUGACUCUACGAUUGUUGAUAAAAUAGUGUGUGACGACUGUAAUCGGGAGUUUCACGGGCAAUUGUGCUUCGAUCAACAUAAGAAACCAGGAUCUUUCAGCGGAAAUAACCCCACCGUCUACUUGAUGUUACAAUUUUGA